CACUCCGUCACUGCCAGGGUUAACGUCGUCGUCUCUUUCUCGGCGGCCGUCCGUCUGGCCCCGUCUGUCCCUUGCGGCCUUGCGUACUCGGCCACCAACCGCUUUUGCUUGCUGCUACUCGCCGCCAGCCAAAAGCAGCCGCCCCCCAGCCCGAAGCGACGCCACACCCGCAUCUGCUUCAUUCCACCCGCCCCGCGAGGAGCUUCUAGAAGAGGGAGACCCCGGAGGAGCCAUGGCGGAGGAAAAGGAGUCGACGUCGAUCCCGCUCAGCCAGGCGGCAGAGGCUGUCGACCCCGAGGACCCGGCCAAGUCGCCGCCGCGGCCCAGCUCGCCCACCACCUCCACACGCAAGGCAUGCUGUGCUGUUCUUCAAAGUUGGGUCUCAAGAAAGUUUAUGACUGGAUGUGUAGUCCUUUUUCCUGUUGCAGUCACGUUCUUCAUCACAUGGUGGUUUAUUCAAUUUGUUGAUGGGUUUUUCAGUCCCCUAUAUGCAAAAAUUGGAAUCGACAUAUUUGGUCUUGGUUUUUUGACUUCUAUGGUAUUCAUAUUUCUGGUUGGAAUAUUUGUUUCUUCAUGGGUUGGUUCAACCAUCUUCUGGGUGGGCGAGUGGUUUAUAAAGAAAAUGCCAUUUGUAAGACAUAUAUAUUCAGCAUCAAAGCAAGUCAGCACUGCAAUUUCACCAGAUCAAAAUACGACUGCUUUCAAAGAAGUUGCAAUAAUUCGUCAUCCACGAAUUGGUGAAUAUGCAUUUGGAUUCAUAACAUCAACUGUGGUCCUUCAGACUGACAAAGGCGAUGAAGAACUGUGUAGUGUGUAUGUGCCAACAAAUCAUCUAUACAUCGGUGACAUAUUUCUGGUGAACUCUGAGGAGAUCAUAAGACCUAAUUUAUCCAUUCGAGAAGGAAUUGAAAUAAUUGUGUCAGGAGGAAUGACCAUGCCUCAGGUGAUUGCAUCACUGGAGCCCAUGCCACGGAAAAGCCAGAACAUUCGUCUAAAUAGAAUGACGUGAUGUAAAACAUGUCACAUAUGCAACAAGAUAGCAUGACCUGUGGGGCACGAUUAGGGUGCCUUGGCUAUAUGCGUAGCCAUGUGAUUUGGAUAGAGGAGCAACUUUGUGCUGAGCCAUUGUGGCAUUUCCAUACUGCAGGGAAGCAUCGUGUUGAUGCCCUGGGAUAAUUUAUUGUCUUAGGCUAGUUUGGCAACCCCAUUUUUACAGGGGAUUCCUAUUUUUUCAAGAAAAUAUAGUUUAUUUUCCCUUAAAAAAUAGAAAUCUCUUUAAAAAAUGGAGUUGCCAAACUAAUCAGUAAAUUGAAGGGGAUCAUGGGCUUCAAUUCACUGGUCACCAAACCAGCCCUCAAACUUGUGCUACUCUUUGUGCACUUACUAGUACUGGUUCAAAAUGUUAGCGUCUACGCGUGAGGUGUAUAAUUGAUUAAAUUCGUUUGUAACUACGUGCUGUAUAACAUCUUACGUUACAAAGAGAUCACACAACGCUCUGACCAGAUUUCUUCUUUCAGAUUUACAGACUUGUUUCUUGAUUU